AUGGCUUCAAAAUCUGGCAGCACCAAGUUAGCAAAUUAUGUGCCACUUUAUGUAAUGCUUCAGGCUAUAAUGUCAUUCCACCAGUGUGGUGGCAAUGUAGGGGAUGUUGUGUACAUUCCUAUCCCAGAUUGGGUACUUGCUGUCGGAGAAGAAGAUGCUGAUAUUUUCUACACUAACCGAUCAGGUAAUAGGGACAAAGAGUACCUCUCACUUGGUGUGGAUAACUUGCCUCUCUUUGGUGGUCGAACUGCUGUCCAGAUUUAUAGUGAUUACAUGAAGAGCUUUAGCGAGAACAUGUCGAAUAUUUUGGAAGCGGGAACCAUCGUUGACAUUGAGGUGGGACUAAGCCCUGCAGGAGAGCUAAGAUAUCCAUCAUAUCCUGAAACUCAAGGAUGGGUUUUCCCUGGCAUUGGAGAAUUUCAGUGCUAUGACAAGUAUUUGAGACAUGAUUUUAAGGAGGCUGCAACCAAGGCAGGGCACCCAGAAUGGGACCUCCCAGAUGAUGCAGGAACAUACAAUGACACCCCUGAGAAAAUAGGAUUUUUCGGAUCAAAUGGGACUUACCAGACAGAAAAGGGAAAGUUUUUCUUAAAAUGGUACUCCAACAAGCUAAUAUACCACGGGGAUCAGAUACUUGAGGAAGCCAACAAAGCCUUCUUGGGAUGCAAAGUCAAGCUCGCCGCUAAACUAACAUCAGGAUAUUAUAACCUGACUGGAAGGGACGGAUACCGGCCGAUAGCAAGGAUGCUGUCCAGACAUUAUGGAACCUUAAAUUUCACAUGUCUUGAAAUGAGAGACAACGAACAACCAGCAGAAGCUAUAGGUGGACCUCAAGAACUUGUACAGCAGGUUUUGAGUGAUGGAUGGAAGGAAAAUAUUGACUUGGCUGGAGAAAAUGCACUUUCCAGAUACGAAUCUGCAGGUUACAACCAAAUCCUUCUGAAUGCUAGGCCAAAUGGCGUCAACAAAAAUGGUCCUCCAAAACUGAAAAUGGCUGGAGUGACCUACCUCCGUUUAUCAGAGGAGUUAUUUGAAGAAAAGAACUUCAGCUUAUUUAAAACAUUUGUGAAGAAAAUGCAUGCUGAUCUGGAUGUAGUUCAGUUCAGAAAUCAAAACCAAAGAUUCCAAUUGAUGAAAUUUUGGAAGCAACCAAACCAAUCAAGCCAUUCCCGUGGGAUGAAGAGACAGACAUGA